CCCGGCACCACGCUCCUCUGCCCUUCCCCCUCGAUUGUCCCUCGCUGUGCCUGCCCCAGUGCCACCACCCCGCGGCUCCGCGGAUCCCGGCUGGCCCAUUGGGAACUCGCCAGGAGCGUUGUCCCCUGCGAGGCCUGGGGGCCGGCGGGGCCGCAGCCACGGAAUGGGCCUGAGCCCGGCUGCGAGGGACAGUAAGUUCUCGCGCCACCUCGCUAGGUUGCCCCUGCCGCGCCUCAAGGCCGUUCGCAGACUCGCCAGUGUCCGGCCACGUGAAGAUCAGCCUGGGCCAGGACGUUCAGCGGUGCCCCCCUCAGAAGAAUCUGUGGGUUCCCAAGCACUGGUCCAGUUCCUGUCCAAGCAGCCUCAGCAGGAUACUUCAGAACUCAAUGAAUGCAUACAGCAGGGAUUGACUCAAUGUACUUUCAUUAAAAGCAUGCCACUUUCCUCCUUUAAACAAAAAUGCCAAGGGGCUGAAAUUUUGGAGAAGACCUGUGCUGAACACACCUUGAGUUCUGGAGAUGAGUUAAAUCCAGGGGAAAGAGAGAAGUCCAUCAUUAACGUGGAGACCACACCCACCCAGAAGAGUAUAGAGUUGGAUUCAACACCCAAGCCUGAGAGGGAGGGCAAGUUAAUAAAGCAAGCAGCUGAGGUCAAACCAAGACCCAGACCCGGAGACCUGAUUGAGAUUUUUCGAAUUGGCUAUGAGCACUGGGCCAUCUAUGUAGAAGAUGACUAUGUGGUCCAUCUGGCUCCUCCGAGUGAGGAAUUUGAGGUUGGCAGCAUAACUUCUGUCUUCAGCAACCGCGCAGUCGUAAAAUAUAGCCGCCUGCAGGAUGUGCUGCAUGGGUGUUCCUGGAAGAUCAACAACAAGCUGGACGGGACCUACCUGCCCCUGCCGGUGGACAAGAUCAUCCAGCGCACGAAGAACAUGAUCAACAAGAUGGUGCAGUACAGCCUGAUCGAAGGGAACUGUGAGCACUUCGUCAACGACCUCAGAUACGGCGUGCACAGGAGCCAGCAGGUGGAGCACGCCCUGAUGAACGGAGCAAAGGCUGCGGGCGCGGUCAUCUCAGCGGUUGUUGAUAGCAUCAGGCCCAAACCUUUAACUGCCUGAAGGUGCUGGAUACUCCAAGUUGAGGAAAAACUACCGACACCAGUAAAAAGAGUAUGCUUCUUUCCCUUCCCUUGCCUCCCUCCCUCAAUGGCCCUGUUAAGAAAAUUGUGAACUUCUGCAAGAAUCUACAAUGUAUCCAAUUCCCCCUCCAGAAAUACAUCCAAUAUAUGUGAUCACGGACUCUCAAAA